AUGAUAAAGAAGGAUUGGAUGGACUUGCCUCCACAUAGUCAAGGUUACAAGGAUGGCGUUAAUUACUUUUUGGAUAUUGCAUUCACCAAAGGAAUGGUUGAAGGAGACCAUAUUGUGUGCCCUUGUGCUUUGUGUUGCAAUGAUAGUUGGGAAAAAAGAGCUAUAGUGUAUGACCAUUUGUGUAGCAAAGGGUUUAUAAAGGGAUACACAGAGUGGAUUUACCAUGGUGACGAUAAAAGUCUUAUGGAUGUUGAUGGUGAUACUAAUGAUGAUACAUCAUCUGAUGAUAUUGAUGGCUUGUUGUUUGAGACGUUUAGAGAUGUUGCUGAAGUAGGUGGAGUACACGAAGGACCAAAUGAAGAUGCUAAGAAAUUUUACAAACUCGUUGAUGAUGCAAAUCAAGAGUUGUAUCCUGGUUGUAAAAAAUUCUCUACAUUAUCAUUCACUAUCCGAAUGUACUUGUUGAAAUGUAUCCAUGGGUGGAGCAAUGCAUCGUUCACUGCUCUAUUAGAGUUGUUGAAAGAGGCUAUGCCUGAUUUGAACAUUCUUGUCUCUUUCAAUAAAACCAAAUCUAUGAUAAAAGAUUUGGGGUUAGACUAUAAAAAGAUUGAUGCAUGUCCCAACAAUUGCAUGUUGUUUUGGAAAGAGCACAAGAAAGAUGACUCGUGUCAUCAUUGUGGAGCCUCAAGGUGGAUUGAGUAUCCUGAAGUUGAUAAGGAUCUUGAAGAAUCUAAAAAAGCUCACAAGGUUCCCGCUAAAGUUCUAAGACAUUUUCCUUUGAUUCCAAGAUUGAAAAGACUCUUUAUGUGUUCAAAGACAACUGGCACGUUGAGGUGGCAUGCUGAAGAGCGUUCAAGGGAUGGUAGGUUAAGGCAUCCAGCCGAUGGCCAAGCAUGGAAAGAAUUUGACACAAAACAUCAAGAUUUUUCUCUUGAAACUCGUAACAUUAGGCUUGGGUUGGCGAGUGAUGGGUUUAAUCCGUUCAGGACUAUGAGUCUUUCACAUAGCACAUGGCCUGUCGUAUUAACUAUAUAUAAUUAUCCACCAAGUUUAUGCUUGAAGCCAGAAAAUUGUCUGAUGUCGCUACUUAUUCCUGGACCACGAUCACCUGGAAAUGCAAUUGAUGUCUAUAUGCAACCACUUAUUGAGGAGCUAAAAAUAUUAUGGGAUGUUGGUGUAGAAACAUAUGACAUUUCAAGAAAUCAAUCAUUUCAGAUGCGUGCAGCUCUUUUGUGGACGGUUAACGACUUCCCUGCAUAUGCUAUGUUAUCUGGUUGGAGCACUAAAGGGAAGUUUGCUUGCCCAACUUGUAAUCAUGAGACUUCUUCAACUUACUUAAAACAUAGUCGAAAGAUGUGUUAUAUGGGUCAUCGAGUCUUUUUGGAUUCAAAUCAUGUUUGGAGAUCAAAUGCAAUAUCUUUUGAUGGAAAACCAGAAUAUAGGUCUCCACCCUCCUUGUUAGAUACGAAAAGAAUUUUAAAAGACUUACAAGACAUUCCUGAUGUAUUGGGCGAGAAGAAAGAAAUGAAAAAAAGGUUUGGUCCAUGGAAGAAAAAAUCCAUCUUUUGGCAAUUACCAUAUUGGAAGGAUAAUUCUCUACGCCAUAAUUUAGAUGUAAUGCACAUUGAGAAGAACAUUUGUGAUAAUAUAAUCGGGACUCUCUUGGAGAUUGAAGGGAAGAAAAAUAAUUAUUGA